AUGAAGACCUACGAUGUUGUGAUUAUCGGCGCCGGUCUGUCAGGCAUCAACUGCGCAUACCGGCUGCAAACCGAGACCCCGGAAACGAGCUUCACCGUGCUCGAGGGGCGAGAGGAUGUCGGCGGAACCUGGGACCUAUUCAAAUUCCCCGGGGUGCGUUCGGACUCGGACCUAUCCUCCAUGGGCUUCGCGUGGCAUCCGUGGCCGUACAAGCAGGUCUUCGCCGAGGGAGCGCUGAUCAUGGAGUACAUCAAGGACGCCGUGGCCAAGCACCACAUAGACAAGCACAUCCAGUUCCAGCAAAAGGUCGUCUCGGCCAGCUGGUCGUCACAAUCCAAGAAGUGGGAGCUUGUGGUGGCGGCUCAGGGACAAACGCGACACAUCACGGGAAGCUUCCUGGUCCUCGGGACGGGGUAUUACGACUAUGAGACACCACUGCAGACGAUCAUCCCCGGCCUUGACAACUUCAAGGGCAAGACAAUCCACCCACAGUUCUGGCCGGAGCAAUACGACCACAGCGGCCAGAAGCUUGCCGUCGUCGGUAGCGGGGCCACCGCCGUGACCCUGUUGCCCCGCCUAGCCCAGCAAGCUGCCGAGAUCACGAUGGUGCAGCGGAGCCCUACCUACAUCGGCGCCAAGCCAGACGCGACGCCGCUCUCCUCGUGGGCCCGGAAGCUGUUCCCCCUCUCCUGGGUGGUGGUCUGGGAGCGCUUCUACCACAUCACGACCUGCUACCUGCUCGUCCUCUUCUGCAGGGCCUUCCCCCAGGCCGCGAAAGGCGCCAUCCUGAAGGAGGCCGCUGCCGCGCUGCCGGAGGACGUCAAGGUGAAGCCGCACUUUGAGCCAAACUACAUGCCCUGGGAUCAACGGCUGUGCCUGGCGCCGGACGGGGACUUCUUCGGGACCCUCCACCGCAAGAACGCCCACGUCGUCACGGGUGAGAUCGACACCGUGACGGAGCACGGCAUCCGGAUGAAGGACGGCACCUCUGUCGAGGCCGACGCCAUCGUCACGGCCACGGGGCUCAACAUGAAGCUCGGGGGAGGCGUGGAGCUCGCGGUCGACGGGGAGGCCGUGUCCUGGGGGAAGAGGAUGGUCUGGAACGGCGCGAUGCUGGACGGGGUGCCGAACCUGGUGUUCAUGCUCGGCUUCACCGACGGCGCCUGGACGCUCGGGGUCGACGCCGCCGCCAUGAUCCUCGUGAGGGUCCUCGGGAACAUGCGCCGGGCCCAGGCGGUGUCGGUGACCCCUCGUGCGCCCCAGGAGGUGACCUUGGAGACGAGGCGCGUGUGGACGACCGAUGCGACAUACCGCCAGCUUGCUGAUCAUCGCUUGCCUGUGUACGGUGUCAAGGGGCCUUGGGGGCCCAGGAGAGUGAGUCCGUUUGCGGAUUAUCUUCAUUCGCGGUGGGGGAACGUGACGAGUGACCUCGAGUUCCGAACGGCGAAUGCUUGA